CUGCGGAAUUAGAUUAAAAAAACGUAAUUUUAAUGCAAGUGAAUGAAAUGGCGCCAACCACCAUCGAAGAGAAUGCUUUUGCAUUAGGAAAGCGAGAUGUACCGGAUCAGUUUCAACUGGAUCCUGAGCGUCUCUGGAAGACGCAUUGGCUCACCGAUUAUGCCCAGGACAUAUUUGUGAACAUGAAGGAGGCAGAGAUGCGUCGUCGUCCCAUAUUAUUCAACUCCAUGCAGCUGGAGGAGCGCCCCAAAUUGUUGCAGCUUUGUAUAUUCGCAGCGCAAAAGUACAAACUGAAUCGCGCCUCAGUGCAUUUGGGUAUCUACUAUAUGGAUUGUAUGACCGACUACUACACGAUUAGUAGCGAAAAACUGCCAUUGCUGGCCCUCACAUGUCUUCACAUUGCGGCCCAGAUCGAAGACAACGAUGCGAGUGUGCCGCGCUACAGCGAACUGAACUGCCUGAUACCUGAUUCGUUGUACACCGUUUUCGAAUACAUUGUGUUGGAGCGCAAGGUGAUGGCCAGCCUGAAUUUUGAGCUAAUGCGUCCCACCACGGCCAGCUUUGUGGAGUUUUUUGCUUGCAGCUUCCUCACGCGCAACGACUUCGCCCACUACAAGGCCAUGCUGGAGAACAAUCCUAGCGAGCAGAACGAUCAAUCGCCAUUGCAAUACGAAAGCUUUGCAGUCAUGAUGUCGGCCUUGUCGCAGCUGCUGCUUCGCCUGGCAGACUGUACAUUGAGCAUUACAAGUUUUGCAAACGCGCGACCUUCUUUAUUGGCCGCCGCCUGCAUAGGAGCGGUGCGUCAUCUAAGCGGACUCAAGUGCUGGUCACAGUAUCUCUCCAAACUGACAUCUUAUCCGGAACACGAGGUUGAGCCAUUGGUGGGGGAGAUCACAAAGUACUAUAACUGGCAGCAGAACAGCUCCGUGGCGCCCAAUGCCCUGCCAACAUACGUAAACAUGGGCCCAUCUUCGGCAGAUACCAUUAAUCCCAAUUGCUCCACAACGGACUCUGGCAUUGGCGAUUCGAUGGUCAUAAUGAAGGAAUCGGUGACCGUGCAGCAUGAUAACAUUACUGUGCAGUUGCAGAAACCUGCUGUUCCAGGGUCCGAUCUAGCUGGAGUUGUUCAAGAAGAGCCGCAGGAACCAGCUGACUUUUCUCAGGAAGAGCUGCAGAUAGCAGCUGUCUUUUCUCAAGGAGAGCUGCAGGAACAAACUGCCUUUUCUCAGGGAGAGCUGCAGAUAACAGCUGUCUUUUCUCUAGCAGAGCUGCAGGAACAGACUGACUUACAAUACGAAGAGCAGCAGACACAGACAACCUUAGAGCUGAAUGAAUUAGCAUUAGACUCCAAGGAAAAAGCGAAGAAAUUAGAUAGAGAAGUGGUCAUAAAAGAACUGGAACGUGCUUUCAAGCGCAAGCGUAUAGAUUAUGACUGCCAAGAUGAGCCGCAAGCGAAGCGUCUUACCGACUGACCAAUUUCAAUAUUUUGAGCGCACUGAAGAUGAUUGCUAAGCAAAUAGGUUUAUAAUUUCAUAGAAGUACCAGAAACACUUACACACUAUUCUUUAAACACAUACCCCACGCGGAUGGGUAUACUUCAAAAUCAUGCUUUUUCUCAUGCGAUAUCCCCAUUCAAUUGUAUUGAACACUCCCAUAUCGUAAUGCAUACACGAUUGAAAAGUUCCAAGGACAGGAGCGCGACAUAAUGCUGAUUUCCACUGUGCGCUUCACUGGAGAGCCCUUAUAUCCCAUAAGCGCAUGAAUUUGGCCAUAGCUCUCGCCCGCUCAUAUACGGUAGUCCCGUCUCCAUCUUCUCAGCGUUGACGACAAUUGGCGUCAUCUCAUCAACCAUAGCUUUAUUUCCAAAUGGAAUACAAAUACAUAAAUAUUAGAACGAAGAA